AUGCCAAACUCUGAACAUUCUACUGGAAUUGGAAACGCCAUGGGAGUGGAAGCAGGAGAAGAAGAGGCACCUCUGUUACACCCUACUCUGCCAUCAAACUCAACCAUCAACAGAACUGGGACGAUAUGGACAGCAGUGGCACACAUAAUAACAGGAGUGGUAGGAUCAGGGGUGCUAUCACUCGCAUGGAGCUUGGCUCAGUUAGGAUGGAUUGCAGGUCCUUUAGCCAUGCUGUUUUUUGCUUCAAUCACCCUUCUUUCAUCUUUCCUUCUCUGCGAUUGCUAUCGAUCUCCUCAUCCUGAAUUUGGCCCUACAAGAAAUCGGUCCUAUCUAGAAGCUGUUCAUGAGAUUUUAGGAAAAACAAAAGGAUUGAUAGGUGGCCUCUUUGUCCAAAUAGGCUUAUAUGGGACAUCAAUUGCCUAUGUUGUUGCUUCUGAUACCAGCAUGAGGGCAAUUCAGAAAUCUAAGUGUUACCGUAAAGAAGGGUAUGAGGGUGAUUGUGAAUAUGGAGGCAGUUUAUAUAUACUACUAUUUGGAGCUGUUCAACUUGUAUUGUCCCAGUUACCAGAUUUCCAUAACAUACAAUGGUUAUCAAUUCUUGCUGCAAUCAUGUCCUUUGCCUAUUCCAUUACUGGAUUGACGCUGGGUUUUGCACAAGUAAUAGAAAAUGGAUCUGUUAAGGGCAGCAUUGCAGGAAAUGCUGCUGGUAGUGCAGCUGACAAAGUAUGGAAUGUAUCUCAAGCAAUAGGGGAUGUUGCAUUUGCUUUUCCAUACUCCCUGAUUGUUAUGGAAAUUCAGGAUACUUUAAAGUCACCUCCAUCAGAAAACAAGAGCAUGAAGAAGGCAACAACGAUAGGAACCGUUGUUACAACAUUUCUCUACCUUAGUUGUGGAGGCUUUGGGUAUGCAGCCUUUGGAGAGAAAACUCCAGGGAACUUCUUGACAGGAUUUGGAUUUUCCGAUGAAACAUACUGGCUCAUCAACUUUGCUAAUGCUUGUAUUGUCAUCCAUCUAGCCGGUGCGUAUCAGGUUUUUAGUCAGGCAUUAUUUGCCAACAUUGAAAAAUGGAUUGCUGAAAGCCACCCAAAUAGCGGAUUUGUGAAUAAGAAUGUCACAUGCAAACUCCCAUGCUUGCCAGCUUUCCAGAUAAACCUUCUCAGAUUGUGUUUUCGAACUAUGCAGAGAAAUAUUGAAGCAUGGACAACUAAGUGGAUCAUGCUUGAAGCCUUUAGCAUCAUCUGCUUUUUGGUGACAGCAUUUGCUUUGAUUGGAUCAAUUGAAGGGCUCAUAAGUUCAAGAUUAGGUUACUAA